AUGGAGAACGAGGAAGCGCUUCCGACGAUUGUCGUUCCAGGCCCGGAGCUGCGGGAGAAGGUGGACGCCUUCGCCGCGCGUCUCAGUGCCUUAGACCGACGCAAGGCGGAUGAAAUGGUGGCUAAGCUGCUCGCCUCGAGCAAGCGCAAUCAGUUCCUCUUCGUGGACACAUCGCACAUUUUUUUCCCUUACUUUCUUAGCAAGCUGACAGAGUUUCGCCAGCACCCGGAGCUGCGGCCGCAGAAGCCCAGUGAGCACAAGGACAGCGUUGGCGCAGCAGGCGGCGAGAAAGGGGCGGCGACGACGACGAAGACCGGCACCAUCACUCGCACGAUGGGCGGCACCGCCGGCGCCAAAAGCGACCCGAAGCGUGAGGAGCUGCUGCGCCAGACCGAGGCAGAGGCCCGGCGAUACCUCGAGGAUCCAUUUCCGAACCAUUACUCUUUGGACCGGAAGGCCGGGACUGUAGAUGUCACAGCGCUGCUGAUGGACGUGCUGUCAACAACGGCUCAGUACACUGCCAAGUACGGCGACAAGUUCCUUGCUGCCGUAAAGGGAAAGCAGCGGCACAACCCUAUCUUCCACUUUCUCCACGAGGACGACGUGCGGCAUGGAAUGUUCUGCAAGCUGGUGGAGUCCUACCGUCGUAUUUUGUCCUUUGAUGAAGAAGAGACGGAAACGCGGCUGGAGAACUUGCAGUCGCAGUCAUACCUGCUGGGCACAGUUUGUGAGGAAAAGAUGAAGUAUGCCAAGGCCGCCCUGGCUCGCCGACGAGCCGCACUGUUGACGGACGAGGAGCUGCGCGGGCGCCUUCAGUGGACACUUUUCUCGGUGGUCAAGACAUUUCGGUUGAGCGACUUGCAACUAGACGGGCCUGUGCCCGAAACGGCAGCCUCGAAGCAGCGCGCUGCCCCGGCAGCGAAUGCGACUUUUAUUUCCCCUGCGUUCACCUCGACGACCACGUCCAGGCCAAGGGCAGGGGAGGUGACUGGGCCUGUUACGCCUGCUGCCGCCGCAAGCGGCGGGUCGACUACUGCUUACGCCACCACCCUGCAACCUCCUGGUGCGGCAUCAUCGUCGUUCGCACCGGUAUACAUGAGCUCCAGCCUGGUUAAGGGUACCGGGAGCAACGGAAAGCGACCGAGGGAGCGUGGCGGGCAUAGGGAAGCUCAGGGACGAAGUUGA